ACUUUAAAUAGAGGCUGCAGAAGAGCGCGUGAAUAACGGUCUGCGAGGAGCCACUUAUAGGUAUCAUUUGUUGGCUUCAACGACUUCUGCUCGCUUGUAGUUUGUUUUUCUCUGGUACAUAUUUCCCAAAUAACUUCUCGGACUUGUUAACUGAACUCUUCCCGCUGUACGAUGGCCAGCUCCGGACUGCAGCUCCUCGGUUUCUUCCUCUCUCUGGUCGGUCUCGCUGCCACUGUGGGCGCAACGUUGAUGGUUGAAUGGAAGAAGCAGUACCAGGGCAAGACGCACCGCAUAUUUGAGGGUUUGUGGAUGAGCUGCAGUGGCAAUGAAAGAACAACUUGUGAAUUUCACCAGUACCUCCUGAAGCUGCCAAUUGAGGUCCAGGCUACCAGGGCGGUGAUGCUGAUCAGCAUCUUCCUCUCCACUGUGGCUCUGAUGGUCUCCACAGUGGGGAUGAAGUGCACUCGCUUCAUGGACGGCAAGUCUGAGAGCAAAUCCACAACAGCUAUGAUCGGAGGAAUCAUGUUCAUGAUUUCAGGUGUAUUGACAAUCAUUAUGACUUCCUGGUACGUCAAAAAGAUUGUUGACAACUAUCAUGAAACGAAAACGCUUCAAAGCUUUGAGUUUGGUAAUGCUGUAUUUGUCAGCUGGGCUGGCGGCCUCCUCACUGCGGUUGGUGGAGCUUUCCUGGGCUGUCGAAGAUGCUCGCGGUCUCAGACGACCAGCUCCAUGAGCUCCAACAAUCACCUCCUUCCCCCCAUGGGCCCCAAGUCCAACUACGUCUAGUGAAGGAGAGGCCGCGAUAAAGUCAGUCCUGCAGUGACAUUAUAUUGGGUUUCUACUACAGGAAUAGAAAUACCGAACAUCAAGGAUCAGGGUUAAGCACAACAGCAGGCAGUUUGUACUGAAAUUCAAUAUCAUUUUAUAGAUUUAAGGUUUUCUGUCACUUAGAAAGUCACUGCCUUAUCCAUGUAUUUUUCUUUUAAUGUUUAUUUUUUAUCUUUGCUUUUUAGUUUUCAAAAACUUAGAAUAAAGUAGAAUACUUGUUUUGAUGCCUGGUGGCAAAUGACUGUAAUUUUACAUUGCUGUACAAUCCAUUCUACUUCAGUUCCACACUGGUGUUUAUAUCGUCUUAUUUGUGUAUUUUGUUAACCCUUAGAUGCAUAAGUGGGUUAAAAAUGAACCAGUGAGGUGGUUUUCUUGAAGUAUCUUUGUAAUUACAUUUUUCUAUCAUUUCAUAUACCAGCUAUUCCUCAAAAAAACAGUUUUUGAUAUCAUGCCAUUCAAAUUUUGAACAGCUGCGGGGCAGGUAAGAGAGGGUCGGAUUUGCGGAGGUGGUAAUAUGAGGUUUUGACCGAGGGGGAGGACGUAGAUGAUGAAGAGUAGGGGGCCGAGUACUGAUCCCUGGGGAAGGCCUUGGGUGACUGAGGCUGUAGCAUAGGAGUGGUUGUGGAGGGAGAUGAAGGAAGAGUGUAGGAUCCAAUCACUGGUGCAUCUAAGGGUUAAAGAUUUAUAUUUCGUUUUUUGUUUUUGUCAUUUAUAUUUGUUGUUAUUGUUAUUUGUCAGUUUGGAAGAUUGUUGUAUGUACAUUUUGAGAAAAAAAUAAAACAGAUUUCUUUACUCAGGGUAACCUUAUGUUCUUUUAUAUUAUACAUACAGAAUUCACUUAAUGUUUAUGUCAAACUCAUGAAAUCACUGCUGACUUUUGUGUCUGAUGUAAUGCAACUGUAACAACAUCAACUGCAUUUGCUAAUUUCUCUUUGUUAUACAGCAUACACUUACCAUAUUAUGAUAAUAUUAUGCAACACAAAUAAGAAAAAGGAAAAACUGAUAUUUAUAUUGUUUUGUUCGAUCCCUUUUUCUUGGUUGUGUUUAAGAGUUGAUUUAAACACUGACACAAAAGCUUUUCAUUCAGCCAAUAUAUUUUGGCUUCACUGUUCUUAUCAGGAGAAGUGACGGAUUUAGGCAAAUUAUGUGCUAUAUUUUGUCUUCCUUAAAUGACUGAAAUACUCAAAUUCUGACUCUUGUGGUGCAGUAUUUGAGUUAAUGUACUUGUUGACUUAAUGUAAGAUGUUAGGAUGUUGAUGUUCGUUGUUACGUGGAUCCUGUGCUGUCCUGAGACCUGGCUCCAGUAAUGAGAGCUUUCCUGACAGCAAAACCGUUUCCUUCCUCUCGUAUCUGUUGUCGUUUUACCCUCUAAAUACUGUAUUUAGGCAUCUGGUAUCACAGCUGCUGCCAUGGUGAAUUCAAAAUAAAGAAUUGUUUUGUAUACAAACAGA